UCGCACAGUUUCGCGACUACCAACCAGAAAAAUUUUUCGGCCAAGGAGACCCUCGUAUAGUAGACGAAUGGGUUCAGGGCCUCGAGAUGAUUUUCGAGGUCAUGGACAGCCCUGAUCGUUAUUGCACGUUAUGUGCCCAGAUCCAGCUGACCGGUGAUGCCCAACUCUGGUGGAAUUCCUAUUGGAGUAUGCGUCCCAGCGAGAAAAAAGGUUGUACGUGGGACCAAUUCAAGGAGCUGAUCCGAGAGAAGUAUUAUCCCUCGUAUUACCGAGCAGACAUGGAGCGCCAGUUCUUGGCACUCACCCAGGGUACUCAUUCUGUUGACGAGUACGAGAGAGAGUUUACCCGUCUCAGAGCCUUUGUACCUGAUCUUGUGGGUACGGAGGCGAAGAGAGCCCAUCGUUUCACCGACGGACUUCGCCCAACAGUCUGCCACAACAUCGUAGGUAACGGCGUCCAGACCUACACCCGCACAGUUGCUAUUGCACAAGAAGUCGAUGCCAGUAUCCGACAAGAAGCCGCCCAGACACCAGCCCCGCCAGUUGUUCAGCCACCAGCACAGCCCAACGUUGCCCAAUCAUCAAAGAACCAGGAGAAGAGGAAGUUCAGAACCACUUUUGACGACCGGAGGACCCGUCCCAGACAAACACCAGCUUGCCAGACAUGUGGAAAGCGCCACCGUGGAGAAUGCCUC